AUGAGCGAUUUGGUGAGAAGCCGGACCUAUAGUAAUGCUGUGACUGACGAAAACGCACAAGAGACAGACUCGGGUAACAGCAGCAAGCCGGCCAGAAGAUCCAAAACAAUUUUGGGAGCAGCAUGUGUGGAAGGACCGCGUAGAGAGCUUGCAGAAGUGCAAAAUUGGCAGACACAGGCGUCGCAGGACGACGCCAAGCUGCCAGCGGUGUCCACACAGCACUUGUCAUUAUCACAAUCACAGUCCCAGGAGGAACCACAACGAAAGAAACAAAAAAUCUACAGGAGCGACGAUGAGCAGGAACAAGAAACCACGGAAAGAAGCGUUGUCAAAAGUACACAAACUAGCACGAAAAUACUAGAAGAUCUAGAUUCCAGGGAGCAAAAAGACGUUUGCAUGGUAGUGGAAUACGCAGAAGACAUAUUUGAGCAUCUCUACCAACGUGAAAAGCAGACCACGGCAACCUACAACUAUCUCAAGGCCAAACAAUCACCACAGCAUCUCAGGCCGUCGUUGCGGGCCAUUCUCAUCGACUGGCUCAUAGAAGUGCAUAUGAAGUUCCAACUGCUUCCAGAAACGCUGUAUUUGGCGAUCAACGUCAUGGACAGAUUCAUGGCGCUGCGGAAGGUCUCAAUGGCAAAGCUGCAGCUCCUGGCCGUGAGCAGCUUGCUCAUUGCCGCCAAAUUCGAAGAAAUCAAUCUACCCAAACUCUCACAAUACGCAUAUAUCACAGACGGCGCGUGUACAUGUCAAGAUAUCAAAGAAGCAGAAAUGUACGUUCUUACUACGCUGAAAUUCAAUAUAGGCUGGCCAAACCCGCUUAACUUUCUACGCAGAAUUUCCAAGGCAGACGACUACGACAACAGUAUCAGAGCGCAUGCCAAGUUUUUCAUGGAAUACGCAAUGAGUUGCCCUGAGUUCGUGGAUGUCGUGCCGUCCCGUAUCAGUGCAAUGGCUACGUACUGCGCCAGGGCCUGUUUGGACGUCAGCAUAAAAUGGAGCGAGACUUCAAAGCUCUAUAGCGGUGGCAUCGAUCCCUCAAACGAUUUGGUUUUCCAAACUCAAUGUCACACACUGCUCAAUGAGAUACAUAAACCAAGCACCCAACUAAAAGCGCUAGAGCUCAAAUACACGAGCAGGGCGGCGGGUAGCGUAUUCAACUCGGCGAAAGUGUGGUGCGACCUAAUCGUGGCCAGCAAAUUUGAGAAUUUGUUCUAA